AGGUAAGUAAAAAACUAAAUUAUUAUAUUUUAAAAAGCUAAUUUCAAUUCCUAUACAUGUUAUAAGUCUGGGUCAUAUAAACCUUUUCAAUCCAAAUUCUUCUUUAGUUAUAUUUGUAAUUACUACAAAAUAAUGUUGAUCUUAUUUCAUUUAUUUUAUGAAAAGAGUAGGUGUACUGCUUUGUUUAUAAACUGAUAAAGCUUAUCUAUUUGACAUUUCAUGUGUUACCUAACCCUAACCUUUUAAGUUAAGGUCUCGUGAAAUCGUUUAAAUAAUAAAUCAAAAUGGCUUAUGACUUAAAAAAAGAAGAUGAAGUCAAAGAUUAUAUAGAAAACAUUGGAAUAGAGUAUCGCUUCGGUUGUUAUAAGGAGCAAAAACCGGAAGUUUGUCAUCUGCUAGCCGAUUAUCUAGAAGCUAUCAAAAAAGACUUCGAAAAGGCCGCUAAAGUGUACAAAAGUAAUUGUUUAGAAUAUAAAUUCGGAAAGUCAUGCCUGAAAAUAGGUAACUAUACAUUAAUAGGAAGGGGAAGGGAAAAGGGUGACCCGGCCGAAGCUCUAAUUUAUUUCGAAAAAGGUUGCGAAUUAAAUGACCCCGGUGCUUGUCUACAUGCCGGGAUGCUGCUAACGGCUACUGGACCGGGCGUUAACAUACAAAGGGAUGUCCCUAAAGGAUACAACUGCCUCAAGAAGAGCUGCGAUCAAAAUGAUGAUAUGGCGUGCCACUACCUCUCCGGAAUGUAUCUGACUGGUGUACCUAAAAACGUUCAGGAUUUCAACCCGCAUAAUCCUGAAAAAAAUAAAAACAUAGAUUAUCUAAUAAAACCAGACAAAAAAGAGGCGUUCCGUUUUGCGAAAAGAGCUUGUGAAUUAGGUAAUAUGUUUGCUUGUGCCAAUGUCAGUUUAAUGUACAAAAAAGGUGACGGAGUUGAGAAAAACCAGGAUGAAUCAAAACGAUUCUUUGAAAUUGCACAGAGCUUGCAAAAGGCGCAUGAAACUACGAAAGAGAUUAAAUUUCAACAAGGUUUGGAUGGAAAAUAGUAUUAUAUGAAAUACUUGUUAAAAAUCAAAUAGAAUAUUCGUUUGUGUAUUGUUUAAAAAUAAAUUAUUAUAAA